AUGUAUCAGCCCUCUCACUUUUUCUUCUUCCUCAUCUCGAAUCCUACUUUGUAUCAGCCUGGGACUUUGGAAAUCAUGACAGACGACAAAAACAACAACCGCAACGAUCGCAACCGCAAUGAAUGGCAUGAUGAAGCAAACCCAUUCGUUGCCUUCCGCCGUUAUGCCGACGAACAGGUAUCCACCCUGCUUCAAUCUAUCACAGGUCUACCCUCAGCAGUGACGCCACCUCAUAAUGACCGUUGGGAAAUAUUCACCGAAGACCACGGCUACGAAAGCAGAGGGGCGCUUCAAAGGACCGGCAAUAACUCAGACAGAGACCGCCAGACCGACAAUUAUCGUGGCGGCGAUCGCGACAGCGAACACCACCCCAAGAGAUGGUACAACGGACCAUCCGACUUUUUCGGCCUUGAUUCCUUCUUACUUCCACUCGCCUCACACCUAUUCCACUCCAGUCACAGCCUCUUUCCGGAUAUGUUUGAAGACCCCGCCUCGCCUACUUGGCCGAUCGCCUAUAUCAUGUUCAGCCCCUACUCUCCUCUCCACUUAGAGCGCCAAGCACACUACCACGCUCAUCGCGACGAGGGCAUCUUCUCAUCUAUAAUGUCUUCCUUAUAUCUCGAUUCUGAACGUGAUUCGUCAGAGCCACAAUGGAGGGAGGCAUUUGAGGACCUUCUCCGGCUUGAAAACGGGAAGCCAAUGCUAAAUCGCGAUCCCACUGGAAAAUCCGAGUCAGGAAAAGAUUGGUUGCAUGGGCUCGUCAAACGAGGCAGCUUGGGUGAUCAGUGGAGGUUCGUGCCUGGAACGGAGAACCAACCCUGGUCCGGCAUCACUUUCGCAGGUCACCAAGAUCAAGAGAAGGAUCAAAGUCGCUCUCGGUCUGUACCCGAGAAAGAGAUCGACGACGUAUCUACAAGCGCCGAUACAGAGCUGGAAUUGUACGAACGUUUCUUAUCCGACAUUGAAAACAGGGAACGCGAAUUCUUCAGUGGUGUCUCUGAGAGCCCCCUCCUUCGACUUCUUCUAGCAGAGAAAAGACAACAACAAGAAGAGUUCGACAAUCAUCGAAGUGGUCCACCCAAAACCGAUGAACGCAGCGAUAGCAAUGAUCCCCGUAUCGAUCUAGUGUCUGGUGGAAACAAAGAAUCUGUUUAUGAAACACCACACGGUUCCACCGAGAGCUCUCCAGACCAUGCCUCCGACCAACUAUCUCGAGUGGUUUCUACCAUGACCCGGACGGAGCGCGUACAAUUACCCGAUGGCUCUGUCAAAAGUACCAUCGUUAAAACAAAGCGCUUCGCAGACGGCCGAGAAGAAGAAGAUUCUUCUGUGGAGGUAUCUCACCCUCAACAUGAAGCCUCUGAUUCCCAAAAUUCCAAGAAUGGCUGGUUUUGGAAGGACUGA